AUGAUUGAUAUGAUUCAAAGUAAAUUUUCCUUCAACCAGACCCCCACUUUGCUCGACCUAAGUUUCCAAUGGGAGCACAACCAUGAGGGCAGAGAAUGUGAAAAGUUGGCAGUAUUGGUUAAAAAUAUGGCAGCAUUGUUUAUUCUCGAUAUACACAAGGAUGAGGCAUCACUGGUGUUGGUACGACAACCUCAACAUGAAGGUAUUUCUUCAUUUCAGUGGUUACCACCAACUGGUAUUGAAAAGAAAACGGGUUAUUCAAACAGCCUGCAAAUAGUAUUGUUUUCCGAAAAUAACUUGAGUGCAAAGCUCUACUCAUUGGACUGUACAAGCAAGUUAUUUACAAUUCAUAAACCGUUCAAUGAUCAUAUAAUCAAUCGCAAGAGGUCAAGUGGGAGUUUUUGGUGCAUACUUGCUGACACAUUUGAGUACAAUGUUCCCCCGACAGUGUAUCAAUUUCUAAAUACGGGACCACUCAGUAUCUUGAUGAACUCAACUAGGCUACAAAACUUUAUCUCGGAGGAGGCUUAUAUCAACUGGUCCCCCAGUGGCAAUUGGCUACAGAUAUUUGAUCGGAAUGAGGCUUUGUCAGGAUAUUGCUUGAGGGUGUAUGGGUCAAAUGGCACUAGUGGACCCAGUUUUGUCAAACCAUUGGUGGAUAUAGAUUUUGAGAGCGAAACUAAGGAGAAAGGGGUAAUAAAGGUUAUGCAAGGUGGUAUACACAGCUGUUGGUACUCGUCAAGCGGCGAAGAAUUUAUAAUAGUGUCGAGGGUCAUGGGGAAUACAUUGGAGAUUACAGGAAUAUCAAUGAGGUUGUUAAAGGUUGUCAUCCGGGUGAGCAAGAAUUUGAAAGAGAUUAGUACCGAGCAUAUCGUGCGUGGAAUUACAAGUUUUAAGCUACUCGACGACUGCAUUUUUGUGCAAAUAGACAAUCGUCUGCUAUACCUUUUCCAGCUCAGCGCUAAGGACACCAAGGCGGAUUACGUCACCGAAAUAAAGGUGCAACUGAGAGUAGUUAAUGUCAUUGCUAAUCAAAAUCGAUGGUUCAUCAUUACUCAAAACCAAGUAAUACUCUACGCUGAGGGCAUAGUGAAAUCCUUAUUAUCAACAGAGUUCCAUAUAUACUCCGCUUCACUACUUCAAGAUUUCGUUGUUGUUCUUCAGCGAGGUUUAAAUGGCGAGUUUUGGAGGUACCUUGAUACCAAGCAGUCAAAACAGAGUCGAAAACCAAGAAGUGCUAACCAACUGAUUGACGAGAUUACUGACACAUUCGCUAUGCGAAAAAGAGCUAGAAUUCAAUGA